AUGAACACCAACGAUGCUAAGGAGUAUCUGGCCCGGAGGGAGAUCCCUCUCCUUUUCGAGAGCCUUUUGAAUGGACUGAUGUGUUCUAAGCCUGAAGACCCAGUAGAGUACUUGGAAAGUUGUUUACAGAAAGUAAAGGAACUAGGCGGCUGUGACAAGGUGAAAUGGGAUACAUUUGUCAGCCAGGAAAAGAAGACUUUACCUCCGCUCAAUGGAGGACAGUCACGGAGAUCCUUCCUAAGAUCUGUAAUGCCUGAAAAUUCAAACUUUCCAUAUCGGCGGUAUGAUCGGCUCCCUCCAAUCCAUCAAUUCUCCAUAGAAAGUGAUACAGACCUUUCCGAGACUGCAGAGUUAAUUGAAGAAUACGAGGUUUUUGAUCCUACUAGACCUCGGCCAAAAAUCAUUCUUGUCAUAGGUGGUCCAGGAAGUGGAAAGGGUACUCAAAGUUUGAAAAUUGCAGAACGUUAUGGAUUCCAGUACAUUUCAGUGGGAGAAUUAUUAAGAAAGAAGAUCCACAGUGCCAGCAGCAACAGGAAAUGGAGUCUCAUUGCCAAAAUAAUUACAACUGGAGAAUUGGCCCCACAGGAAACAACAAUUACAGAGAUAAAACAGAGAUUGAUGCAAAUUCCUGAUGAAGAGGGCAUUGUUAUUGAUGGAUUCCCAAGAGAUGUUGCCCAGGCUCUAUCUUUUGAGGACCAAAUCUGCACUCCCGACUUGGUGGUAUUCCUGGCUUGCACCAAUCAGAGGCUCAAAGAAAGGUUGCUGAAGCGAGCAGAGCAACAGGGCCGGCCUGAUGACAAUCUGAAAGCUACGCAAAGGAGACUAAUGAACUUCAAGCAGAACGCUGCUCCGCUGGUUAAAUACUUCCAGGAGAAGGGGCUUAUCAUGACGUUCGAUGCCGACCGAAACGAGGAUGAGGUGUUCUAUGACAUCAGCAUGGCGGUGGACAGCAAGUUAUUUCCGAACAAAGAGGCUGCAGCAACGGCUAAUGAGAGAAUUGCUCAGGACAUCAAUCCAGAUCUGCACUUCCAGGGCACAGCCUAUGGUGCUUUGCAGGAGGCAAGUGAGGCCUAUCAGGUUGGCCUCUUUGAAGACACCAACCUGUGUGCUAUCCAUGCCAAACAAGGCGAUGACCAGUUAAAUGUAUUUGGAGAGGACCCCACAGGAGGUUUCAUGGAAGAUUUGAGGAAGUGUAAAAUUAUUUUCAUGAUUGGUGGCCCGGGCUCUGGCAAAGGCACGCAGUGUGCAAAGCUGGUGGAAAAAUACGGAUUCACACACCUCUCGACUGGUGAGCUCCUGCGUCACGAGCUGUCAUCAGACUCUGAAAGAAGCAAAUUGAUCAGAGACACCAUGGAACGUGGAGACCUGGUGCCCUCCGGCAUCCUUCUGGAGCUGCUGCGGGAGGCCAUGGCGGCCAGCCUCGGCCACACCACGGGCUUCCUGAUCGACGGCUACCCUAGGGAAGUGAAGCAAGGCGAAGAGUUCGGGCGCAGGAUUGGAGACCCGCACCUGGUCAUCUGCAUGGACUGCUCCGCAGACACCAUGACCAACCGCCUCCGCCAGAGGAGCCAGAGCAGCCCAGGCGCGAGCAGCGCCGCCGCCGUGGCCAAGCGCCUGGAAGCCUACCACCGCGCGUCCAUCCCUGUGAUCGCCUACUACGAGACGAAGACGCGGCUACAGAAGAUAAAUGCGGAGGGGACACCAGAGGAAGUUUUUCUUCAACUCUGCACAGCUAUUGACUCUAUUUUCUGAAAACAAAAUGCAUGUAUGUAAGGAGAGUGAAGACAGAGGAAUAUAUUAAAAGGUCCAUACCUUAAUUACGUUUCAGGUUAAACCUUUUGUGUCCCCUUCCAAUCCUGACAUUGCUGUUUGCUCCCCGGCUUGGCCCAUCGGAGGCGUCUGGAAACCAUGCAUGGUGUAUUUGCUAUCACCCAGCCUCUUCGUGAUCCAGACAGCUGUCCACUCACAGCACGCACACCUUCCUACCAUACAGGCUGCACCUCAGAGCAGAGUUCAUGGACAGCAGUGCAGUGCCAGUCUGUCAGCUGUGCCCUCAGGACUUGUUAGAGUCUGAUCAUUUGGUUCUCCUCUCAUCAAAUAGGGAGUUAGCGCCCCUAAAUUCCCCACUGUAUCUUCCUCCCGCCAAGUUGCCUGAUGAAGUCCCUGAAUUUGAGGGGGGAAAGGGGGGGCUUGCAAGCUGGGGCAUCUUCCUCUGGUAACUGUAGCUCAGAGCCAGAGAGAUUAGGAUGACAUGCCAAUUAUUAGAAAUCUGAUUCAAUUUGAAAAACAUAAAAAAUGUGAAACUGUACAAUUUUUCCAAGACAGCGAAACCCAGACUAGUCACCAAUAACAUGUCUCUACUCAUUUUUAUGAAACUGGCUACUUGGAAUACUGUCACAGUGGCUAAGAGCACUAACUGGAGAAAACUGGCCUCUCCUAUACCUGGUGGUGCAUUUUGGCAAUUAUACGUUAAUACCAAUGACUAAACGUAAUUUAAAAGCGUGAGGUGGUUUAUUAUUGCAUCCACCGGACUAAUGUCAACUUACAGUUUUGAUUUUAAAUGAUCACCUAUUUACUUAACACUGUUGCCAAACAAGUAAGAAUUACAGUAACAGUAAUAAAACUGAUGUGGGUGGGAGGAUCAUGUCAGCACACAAUGUUUAACAGAUCUCGAUGCUAUAUUUGUUUCAUAAUGGCUUUUUUAAGGGGUUUGCAAACCUUAUCAUACCCAAAUGUAAAAUUGUUUCCUCGCAUCAAACCAGUGAAGUUUGGGUUCUCUGUUGUGUUAUCGUUGCCAGAAUCAGAGCUUCUCAUGCAGUCUACUGGAAUAAAUGCACCUUCCUCUACCAGUGGCUCUCAACCUUCCUAAUGCCGCGACCCUUUAAUACAGUUCUUCAUGUUGUGGUGACCCCCAACCAUAAAAUGA